AUGACAAGCUCUGUUAAUAGCGCUUCUUUGGAAGGAUAUUCGACAGGUCUACCCCGAGGAGUGUUGAAGAAAACAGGGAACAAUCAACGUCAGUCGACUUUAGCAAGUCAAGAAUCUUCUAUUCUGUUUUCAUUGGAGGGAGAAAACUUCAAACUGAGCGCGCCGGGUUUAGAAAACUCAUUUAAAAUGAAGCCUGACACAUCGUUUAAUUCCGAAAGAGUCCGUAAGCUGGCCGAGGACAUUUUGCAUGGAACAUUCGAUGGAAUGAAAUACGAACGAGAAAGAUGUCGACAGUUAGCGCUGAAGGCGAGUGAGGAACUGAAAGAUAAAGUUAAAGCGGAGCUUGGUUGUAACAGGUUCAAGUUUGUUUGCUUGGUUUAUUUGGGAUCGAAGCAAAGUCAGGGAAUGAGCAUCACCAGCCGCUGUCUGUUGGAUGAAAGAUUUGAUAGAUGCGCAACGGCCUCGUUUCAAAAUGGCUCCCUGUUUGUUGUGGCUACAAUUUACGGUAUAUAUCUGGAAUAA